GCAUCGGUCAAAAUUUGGCAGGCCCGGAAAAUAUUUCAAGCUCAGGAAGUAAGGAUAACGUUCCCUGCGGCAACCCAAAAACAAAAACCUUGGCUGAAUUAGAUAGAUGACUUCACAUUCCAUUUCCAUGGCUUCCACCAUUCUUCUUCACCACUCUCCUCACCGCUUCCUCUCCAAUUUUCAGCUUUGUAGUUUCAACAAUGGCUUCCCAACUGCAAGAAAGCCGAAUUCUACAGUUAGCACUUCAGAAAACACACUCCGACCCGUCAAAUCUUUGGUUGAGACUUCUUCAUUUCCGUUGUUUCAAGAACCCCAAAUCGUAGAAACUACUUCCGAGAUGAAUUUAGCAGACCCGGAUUUCUAUAAGAUAGGAUAUGUUCGAAGUUUUAGAGCUUAUGGUGUUGAAUUCAGAGAGGGCCCUGAUGGGUUUGGUGUCUUUGCUUCUAAAGAUAUUGAGCCGCUUCGUCGUGCGCGGAUGAUAAUGGAAAUUCCGUUGGAACUGAUGUUAACAAUUAGCAAAAGGCUCCCAUGGAUGUUCUUUCCAGAUAUCGUGCCAGUUGGCCAUCCCAUAUUCGAUAUUAUAAACUCCACCGAUCCGAAGACAGACUGGGACUUGAGGUUGGCAUGCCUUCUUUUGCUUGCUUUUGACCAGGAGGACAACUUCUGGCAAUUAUAUGGUGACUUCUUGCCAAGUGCUGACGAGUGCACUAGCUUACUUCUUGCAACUGAGGAGGAUCUUUUGGAGUUGCAGGACGAAAGUUUGGAGCUAACAAUGAGAGAACAACAACAUCGUUGCCUAGAGUUUUGGGAAAAGAACUGGCAUUCUGCUGCACCUCUCAAAAUAAAGCGUUUGGCACGUGAUCCUAAGAUAUUCAUGUGGGCUGCUAGUAUCGCUCAAACGCGUUGCAUAAACAUGGAGAUGAGAAUUGGUGCCCUAAUACAAGAUGCAAAUGUUUUGGUUCCUUAUGCCGAUAUGUUAAACCACUCUUUUCAGCCCAAUUGUUUUUUCCAUUGGCGUUUUAAAGACCGGAUGCUCGAGGUUAUGAUAAAUCCUGGAAGUAGGAUAAAGAAAGGGGAGGAGAUGACUGUAAACUACCUGAGUGGACAGCAGAACAAUAUAUUUAUGCAAAGAUUUGGGUUCUCCUCAGCUGUGAACCCUUGGGAUGCCAUAUGUUUCUCUGGUGAUUCCCGGAUACAUUUGGAUACAUUCUUGUCUGUCUUCAACAUUACUGGUCUUCGACAAGAAUAUUAUUACAAUACAGGUAAAUCAGCAAAAGAAGGAGAUAGUUUUGUUGAUGGAGCAGUCAUUGCUGCAGCUAGAACAUUGCCCACUUGGUCAGAUAGAGAUGUGCCGAUUAUUCCUAGUGUAGAAAGAAAGGCAGCAAAGGAGUUACAGGAACAAUGCCAUGAAAUUCUUGCCAAAUAUCCCACAACAGCUAAGCAGGAUCAACAGAUUUUAGAUGCUACAGAGGAUGGUCGAAGAACACUGGAAGCUGCAAUCAAGUACCGAUUGCAUCGGAAAUUGUUUAUAGGGAAGGUCAUUGAUGCUUUGGAGAUUUAUCAGGACAGAAUUUUGUUUUAAGUGGUUGGUUUAUCAAAACUAUGGUAACCACUGAAAUUCAAUUAGGAAUGCUACAUGUUGGGACUAUUUUUGAUGUGGAUCGCAGUGAUCAUUAUUUGGCUGUCCGUCCUUGGUGUUGAUCAGGGAGAAGCUCUUGCCAUUCUCAAACGACAUUCGGAAGGAAAGGGAGAACUGAAAAGUUAAAACUUGAGGAAGGGAAACAAACUCGGUAACAAAUGCUCUGUACAGAACAGGCGAGUGCGACUUGAAAAUGUAUGGUUCAUGUGGAUAGUUUUAACUCCUCUCCAAAAUUUCUGUGUAAAGAUGUUUUAUGAUGAUAAUGCAACCUGGUGGUAGAAGUCCUAUUCCAUCAAGAACUUAGGCUUGUAACAUUCUAUCCCUGGAGUAGGUCAACUGUAACAUUGUAUUCCCUUAAUAAGGGCCAUUGAGGUUCAAAUCACAAUUACAGUAAAUUCUAUCAA